UAUGAAGAUUCAAAGUUCAUGAGCUUGCGUUACAAUUGCGGCGGUUACAAAGUGAAGUUGUGGGGUUGGAUGUGUCUUCCGCUAAGGGGAAACUUUGCCGAAAUUUCGUGGACGCCGACACUUGUGAAAAUAUCGAGGGAGCUGAGUGUGGACAGCAAAGGGGAGCUGAAAUUCGUCAUUUCUCAAGGAGAAGAUGAAUGAGAGAGGAGGAGAUGCUAAUGGAAGAGAAGCUGUACCUGAGAAGACAAGUGAGCCGCCGCCAUCAAAAGUUGAAGCUUUGAAUGGCUCCAACUAUGAGGAAUGGAGCGGGCGGAUGAGGAGUGCCUUCAAACGCUACAAGCUAAUGAAGAUUGCUGUUGGGGAGGAGAAGAUGCCGAAAGAAGGCGAAGCACGUGAACGGUGGAUUGAGAAAAACGCGGUGCUGUUCGACCUCAUCCUUCAAUCGGUCAACAAGCAGAUGUUCGAGCACAUCAAGGAUCUUGUGGAAGCGGAUGAUUCGGGUCCAAGGGCGUGGAAAAUAAUACGCGAUAUGAUUCAGCCCAACACUCUCCCGAUGGUGAUCGUGCUCGAGAAGGAACUUGCUGCCAUCUCCAUGCGACCAGGGGACGAUGUGAAGCCGGUCCUUGACAAGAUUAAGGACACCUAUGCAAGGAUGGUAGCAGCGGGCAGCAGUGUAUCUCAGCUGCAGCAGUGCACCAAGAUCAUCUCGGUGUUGGACAACUCUUGGGACAACCUCAUCCCCACCCUCAACUCUCAGCAAGAUCAAUGGACACCUGAGUGGCUAAUGCAGCAGAUUCUGCAGGAGGACUUCCGCAGACGCCAUGUGGGAGGUGGUGCUUCCACUAAGACUGCUGAGGGGUAUGGAGAUGCAAAGCGCAGCAGAGGAAGAGGGGGUUGGAGAGGCCGAGGCCGUGGGAGGAGCUUUGGCAGAGGUAGAGGCCGAGGUGACUAUAAUGAGGGGCAUGGGAGCUCUAGUGGCAGAUGGAGUACCAGAAUGGAGGGCACCUGCUGGUACUGCAAGAAGGUCGGGCAUCCUUGGUUCAAGUGCUUCAGCAGGCCAGAGGGAUGGGCACCUCCAGGCAUGAAGUCGCCAAGUGGUGAACGCGCACAAGGUGUUGCUGUGCAAGGCUCAGGUGCACAAGGUGAAGGUGCACAAGGUAAUACCUAUCCUGGGAUGUUUCUCAUGGUUGAGGAUGUGCAUGGGCAUGAGGGUGAUGUGGGAUCUGUGGGAAAGGUUGUGAUGCACCCUCUCACGCACUAGGUGAUUGAUUCAGGUUGCACCAGUCAC